CCGUUAUCAGCCACUCUCGUCUAGUGUGGUUGACUUACUUGUCUGUCCAGAUCAGCCCCUCUCGUUCUUUUGUCGCCUCCUCGUACGGUAGUUCCUUUGCUCACGACCGACGUUCAAAGCAAUUGUAGCGACACACUGUUCGAUCACAAACAACAUGGCUGGACAUACUGGGUGCGUGGCAUCCUUUGACGCGCUGUCGAUCAAGGAGCCAGACUUCAUUAUCAUCGGUGGCGGCAUCGGUGGGUUGGUUGUUGCCAACCGUCUGAGCGAGCAUGCGAACAAGAAGGUGCUGUUGAUCGAAGCGGGAGCCAACCGUCAGGGGGAUCCAAAAAUUGACACCAUGGGCAUGCUGUCAACGCUUUAUGGGGACCCUGAUUAUGAUUGGGACUUCAUGACUGAGCCACAAACGCACGUGAACGGCAGACAAAUCCCGCAUCCACGGGGAAAAGUGCUUGGUGGAUCCACAGCCAUCAACUUUGGCGCAAACGUGUAUCCCUCCAAGGCUAACUUUGAAGCAUGGAAAGCCCUCGGUAACGAAGGAUGGGAUGCUGCCGGGCUUGCGCCGUACUUCCGCAAAUACAGUCGAUUCACUCCACCAAGUGCUGAAACCAAAGAGCUCCUCAGAAUCAAUUACAUCAACGAGGAGCUACAUGGUAAGGAUGGACCUCUGCCAGUGACCAUGCCAGACAUCUAUGGACCUUUCCAGGCGUCGUGGUCCAAGACACUCGACAAACUGGGUUGGUGCAAUUCUGAUGACCCCAUCGAAGGCGAGAAGCUGGGUAACUUUGAGUGCGGGUUGACUAUCGACGCGGAGACCAAGACUCGUGGUUAUGCUGCGUCAGCCUACUACACCCCAGUUGUCGCGAAGAGGCCCAACCUCCAAGUAUUGACAGAGACAUUUGUUGAAAAGAUACUUACCAAGGACGUUGAUGGCUCUAUUGUAGCUACAGGUGUGCGAGUCCAAACAAACGACGGUGCACACCACGAAAUUGUCGCAAAAAAUGAAAUCAUUCUCUGCGCGGGAGCCAUCCAGUCGCCACAAAUUCUCGAAUUGUCCGGCAUUGGACAGAGCAACCUUCUUCAGAAGCAUGGUAUUCCCGUAGUUCUCCACAGCCCUGGUGUUGGUGAAAAUCUUCAGGACCACGCCAUCUCAGCUCCUUGUUUCGAGAUCGCAGAUGAACAAAUCUCAGCAGACAUCAUGCGCGACCCCAACAUCGUGCAGGCCGUGCUCCAGCAAUACGUGACCACCAGGACUGGUCCUCUCGUCGGCAUACCCAUCAGCGUGACUAUGCUACCUCUCGUCGACUCCAAUGGCCGCGUCAGCCGUGACGAUAUUGCUCAACUAACGAAGCAGUACGUCGACGACGCGAAUUUACCCCUCUGGCAAAAGAAGCAGUACGAACAACUCCAGGAACAGAUUCUGGGGCCCAAAGAGGCAGCCGGGUACGUGAUGAUGCUGCCGCUCCAAUUGAACAUAUCUCCUGGAAAGACGGAGAUGAAGAAGCUGCUCGCACCCACAAAUCCCAAAAACUACAUCACAAUCAUGGCGGUCAACAAUCAUCCUUUCUCACGUGGCAUUUGCCACAUCAGAUCUGCGGAUCCGAAAGAUAAGCCGAUUUUGGACCCGCGGUAUCUCUCUCACCCACUAGAUCUGGAGAUCUUAGCGCGCCAGACGCAGUACAUUGAAACAAUAGUCAAAACCGAGCCCUUCGCUUCGUUACUCAAACCAAGUGGGCGGUUACCCGAUGGCAAAGAAGCGACGAGCCUGGAUGCAGCGAAGGAAAUUGUCAAGGAACGAUUGCUGAGCACGUUCCAUCCUACGGGCACAUGUGCUAUGAUGCCAAAGGAGAUCGGGGGCGUGGUGGAUACCAGACUAAAGGUACAUGGAACAAGGAAUUUGAGGGUUGUUGACGCAUCUGUGUUUCCUAUGGAAACAUUAGGAAAUAUCCAGGCUACGGUUUAUGCGGUAGCCGAAAAGGCAGCAGAUAUUAUCAAGAAAGAUUGGGAAUACGCGUAAGAAAAGGAGUUGAUAAAACAAACCUAAAAAAACUUAAUAAAAGAUACAGAUCUCUCUAAACGUGUUAAUAGACAUAGGACAACAGACAAGAC